AGUCUAUGGCAAUUUCCAAAUCCAAGUAUGUGUAGAUACGUGACACUAAUAGUAAUACCGAGUACUACUAGUACUAGGAUUAACGUAGUUUUAUCAGAUGUAUGACAACCUUAUUUUUAUUAGCACAAAAAUAGGUUAAGCUUAGAAAGAACAUAAAGUUUUAUCUUACCGUAUGCCUAAUUGUGGAACUGAAAAUUAAGUUUAUGUUUAAACCUAAUGCCACAAUUAGUAUAAUAUAAAGGAAUAAGUGAGUUAAAUUCAGGUUAUAUUUUAACCUGAAUCUUAAUGCUAAAGACAGAAGCCCGUGGAGAAAGAGCUGCCAAAUUAACUGACUAAUUACUAAAUUAUAAUAAUGUUGAAAACGUACACCAUAGACUCGUACUCGUAGUAUCGCUGUAGGACGACCGGUAUGAUCUAAAAAAUUGUACAUUGUAAAUAAAGUUUAAAGUGAUUAAUAUUUCGGAGACAUACUGGGAACGAUGUCUGACGAAGGAAAAAAUAACUUUCAACUACUGUUAAGCUGGAAAAUUAAGAGUGUUCUUCGAUCUUGAGAUUAAAGAUUUAUAAAAUUAUUUUUAAUAUGGCUCUUAAACAAUACAAAAUGGAACCUUCACGCAUUUUGACUAUUGAAUGGCAUAUGAUGGAUAAAAGUCGAUUCUUCUCUUUCAAUCUUGUCAAUUCAUUUUUCCUUCGUGCCACUUUGUAUCCAUUUACUGUCAUUAAAACACGUCUUCAGAUUCAGAAACAUCAUGCCAUGUACAGAGGAACGUAUGAUGCAUUUAAGAAAAUACUUUGUUAUGAAGGUUUUCAUGGGUUGUAUAAAGGGUUCUGGAUCAACACCAUCCAAAUAGUUUCUGGUGUAGGCUAUAUUACAACGUAUGAAAAGGUGCGCCAUCUUCUGACAGAAUAUGCUAAUAUUGAUGAUAAACGACUAAAAGGACUGAUUGGUGGAGGUUGUGGUUCAUUAGUUGGACAGACAAUCAUCACUCCUUUCGACGUGGUGUCUCAACAUAUGAUGAUGUUAGGACAGAGAAGUAACAAUGUUAUCAAGCUCACGGAAACUUCACACACAUUCAGUAUCAACUUAAAUCACAAGCAUAAGGAAUCUGUGGCUUUCUCAAUUAUAAAAGAACUGUAUAGAAGAGAUGGAAUGAAAGGUUUUUAUCGUGGCUAUUUUGCUUCUGUUUGUACAUAUGUUCCUGCUAGUGCCCUCUGGUGGAUGUUUUAUCCUUUAUACUCAGAGUGGCUAGCAUCCUAUUUACCUACAUCAACUUCCCAUGUACUAAUUCACUGCAUGGCAGGACCAAUAAGUGGGAUUAGUGUCUGUAUCAUUACCAAUCCUCUGGAUAUUGUGAGGGCUAGAAUACAGGUUCAGCGAAUGGACUCUUUUCUGGGAACUUCCAGUUUAUUGUGGAAGGAGGAAAGACUUGGAAUAUUCACCAAGGGUCUCUCUGCACGAUUGGUACAGAGUAGUAUCUUCUCAUUUCUUGUGGUGUUAGGCUAUGAGACGUUGAAACGGUGGAGUGUGCAUGACCAAUAUAAAGACCAAAUACAGUGGUGAUAUUAGUGGUACUAGUUCUUUUGGUUUUAUAUGGAUGCAUUCCAUAAAGACUAAUUUAUCAUUUAAAAUAAUGUAUGCAUGUAGACUGUAACAUGUUUAUUAUACUGUUACAAUGUAAAUUCUUUAAAUGUUAUUAUACGUAUCAAUAAACUAAUUAGUGUCUGUAAAGAAUUUACAUUAAUGUAAUCUAAACAGGGUUGGCAGGUCAGUCAACUGAUCAGUCAAAAACUGGUCAAAUAAUCUAAAACCUGUAUUAAAUACUGUAAGCAUCACCAUAUUAGUCGAGAUUUGGUUAUUAUUUUUGGAAGGGUGCCCCACCAUACACACACACACACACACACACACACACACACACACACACACACACACACACACACACACACACACACACACUGCUUAUAGGCAAGUUUUUGAUUCAUACCCUAACUAACAGACUUCAGUGUUCAAUCCAAAAAAACAAAAAACAAAUUGUAUUUAUUGUGUCAUAGCCUAAUACUUCCUACCUAGUAUUUUGUAAAUAACAUAUAUAUGUUAAUGUAAUGUAAUGCAUGGGUUUAAUAGGUCACUACUCUUCACCUGUUGAAACCUUUAUAAGUGAGUCAUAUGAUACUAUGCUGUAUCAGUGGCGUAGUUACAACCUUGAUAACAUUGUCCACUACAAAGUUGCACCAGGAUAUCCCAUUCUUGGAGUUGUUUAAUUAUGAGAUUCUAUAUGUUUUCUGCAGUCGUUGAUUGUACUUCCACACAAAAGCCUUCUCUGCUUGGCAGUCCUUGUUCACAAAGUGCAUUGAAAUUGAAAACUCUUCCAAACAAGAAAGAUCUUUUGUUUCAUCUGCUAUCGAAACAUAGUACUUUGCUCCCAUCACUUUCAUCAAAAUUGAGUCAUGAACUUGGUUCGAUAUAUAUUUUAUCAAGUCACUCUGUAUUUCUGGGCUCAUAUAAAACCUCUUCAUGUUUUAUGCCGACACAUGGUUUGCAAGGACAGCAUCACAUCACUCCAGUAGUUUAUACAAUUCCAAAACAUUGCCCUAAUUCGCAAAGGAGUUUCCCAAGCAGCUAUGUUCUCUGUGUCCAUGGAAGGCUAGAUUCUGUUGUGAAAAGAACAAUAUUAUGUCAAUGAUGCAUUUUAACAGUUUUCAACAGUUUGUAAAUGAGCACUGAGGUGCACCCGGUCAAUUGCACAUCCACUAACAAUACUCUGUUGUGUGAAAUGUUUAGUAUUUGUUUCCAAUGUUUUAUGCUCUUUAAUUUGUUGGGUGCCUUUCUUCUAGUUACAGAAACUCUUUGUCACAUCAAUUAUCAUAGAAAUUAUCAAUGAAUUUUGAAUAUGCCAUUAUGACUAUAUAGUAUACUUUAUAUAAUACCUCAAAUGGAUUAGUUGGUGCUCCAGGAACCUUGUACCGAACAGACUGGUUAACUUUCACUGUAUCUUUAUGACAAAUUAGGCUAUGUUUUUGUGUAUAAUCACUGUCGACAACUUUCCCAAAUAUCAGACAUUCAAGCUUCUGAUGUUUAGGUUUUGGGGGCAUGUUGAGCAGCUAGAACAGAUUUUUCCAUAUAACAACACAAUAGGAUUUUGUUACACCAGAUCUUUAACUUCAGUCUUGAAACAAUGUUCUAGAUCUAUAUUAUAAUGUAUGCAACUUGCAAGUAAACACAUGAUACUCAAGUACACGAAGCACGUGACAUCUGGAACAAAUUAUACUGCACGAGAUUGAAGCUAUAAGUGUAUGUCAUUAAUAGUAAGUCCUGUUAUGACUUCGGGGAUGAGGGGUGCAUUUGUCAAAUGUUUUGCUAAGUGUGCACUUUGGAUGGACUAGUUCAGGAAUGUGCAUAUAGCUUUUGUAUUGUAAUAAUAAUAUAAUGUUAAUAUGAGAUUUGUUAUUAAAAAAUUGAAGGGAAAGUAAUGCAUGCUUAAAUCAUUUAAUAUUUCGUGUUAUAUAAAUUUUCAGAUGCCAAAACUUACGAUUAAUCAGUAUAAUUCUGACCAGGGAGACAAUGCCCCCCACCCCUUCCUGUAUCUACGCCACUGUGGUGCUGUAUUAUAAUAUCUCCCAAUUUUAUGCAGUUAGCAACUAUGAUUUUUUUUUACAAUGUAACUUCAUAAUAUUGACAUGUUAUUAAAGAAAUAAUUGUUUGGUAUAAUUACCAAUAAUUUAAUUUAUAUGUAGUACACAAUGUCAAAAGGGUGGUGCUGAUGCAGCACUAACUUCGUUGUUGUCAUAAAGCUGGAGAGGAACCCCAAAUUGUUUUUUGGUGUGGUUUUGUUCAUCUAACUUGCAUUAUUUUGAUUCGGUUAAUGCAACUAAGAAGAAAAAAUAAGUCAUAUGCCCAAUCUUGAACGUACGUAUAUUUUGUAGACCAAGUAUAAAAUGAAUAACUGUACUAAUACAAACAUUCUGAGGUUUAAAGUUUGUAUUAUUAAAAAUCAUAAUUGUUUUUAUAGUUUUUUUCUCUUAUUAUUUUAUUUAACGUUCAUAGCU